AUGGUUUCGGCACGACCGACGUUGGAUAAAAUUGCUGUCGCUUUAUUGAAUGUAUUGGAUCCAUUACCAAAUUAUCCAUCAGGUUACCCCAACCAUCAAGAUAGUUACCAUCUACAUCAUCAUGAUCAUCACUAUUAUGGCGGUGGUGCUCAACCAAACGGUUAUUAUCAAAAUUCCAAUGUAGGUUACCCACAUGUUGAGCAAAAUUCUUAUCCAUCGCAAGGACCAUACCCACAAGUCCCCUACCCUCAACGUCCUUACUACGAUCAUAGAGGUUAUCCAAAUACUGCUCACGAUGUUUCGGUGGAAAUUAAUGGUGGUUAUCAGGCUAAAGGAUAUCGCCAUUAUGGCUACUAA